AUGGGAGCCUCCCCCACCUCCAUGGCCCCGCUUCUCCUCCGCAACCUCGUCACCUCCCUCUUCCUCUUCGCCGACAGGCCCUUCAUCAACCUCGCCGAGCGCUACAAAAUCCUCGACCUCCUUCACACCUUCGUCGUCAGCUGCUUCCUCUUCUUCCUCCGCCUGCUACCCGUCGUCGUCCCUCCAGUCAACCCUUUCAGUUCCGGCAGCGGCAGGUUCCCUCCCGAGCACAAGGGUAAGAAGCCUGACUUCCUCCCGCAGUCGCCCGGAGGAGUCGGCGACUCUGGCAUCGCCCGGGCUCUCUCCCAGCUGCUGGCCAUCGUCAACACCGUCCCCGUGAGCUCCCGCAAGUACGAGGCCGUGCGGUCCUUGGCUGAGCGGCUCAUCGACGAGAACCAACAGGAGGGCACGAAGGCGCUGCGCGAGGUGAAUCGAAAGGUUCUCUCGGCCGCGUUCUCGAGGACUCUUACCCAGCUCGAAGCCGCGAUGGUGGACCGGGAGCGCGCUCGUGGAUUCAGCAGCGGCCCCGUGGGGUCAGGCGCCGUGCCGGCCGAGCACUUCUAUCUGAACGGUGUCCUGAGGGUGGUCAAGGCACUUGGGGGUGUGGCCUGGAGCCUAGCCGGGACGCCGAGGGAUGAGUUGGGCCCGGAGGGUAGCUCGGCAGAGAAGCUCGCGGCCGAGCUGGUCUGGCUGGCCCAGAAGCUCGCGGCUUGCGGGUGCGCCGAGGAAGCCGUCUGCCUGUGGGCCUCAGCUUCAAACCUAGCUUGGCUUGCUGUCUCCGCCGAGACCCGCCUGCAAGAAAUUCUUUUCAAGUCCAAGGACGAAGUGUUCCAAUGUUUCUAUAAGUUUCAUGUUAUGGUGGAGAGACAGGCAGAGAAAUUUUUGAAGUGUCUGCGAACUAGCGGGGAAUAUACCUUGAAAGAAUUCAAGGAUUACUUGCGCUAUAGAAUUGGACACGAGAGGACUGAACUAGGUAGUCUACAACAUAAUGGUGUAGUCGAGAGGAUUAACUAA